AUGCGUAGCUCUCACCGUAACAAUGUGCAUAAACUGCUCAAAAAAGCUCCCCAUUUUAAAAAAUAUGUUGUCUGGAUUGUCGGCUCCUGGGACAACAUUCUGGAUGGCUACCUCCAGGGGAAAUAUAGAGUACAUUGCUGCAGACUCGAGGACUAUGAAAAUGAUAUGGGUGAAGAAAAAGCAACGUCCAAUGUUCAGGCCUACAUGGCGCCACAAAUCGAGUAA